AUGACGAAAGUAGGGGUUGAAAAAGACGAUGGUGCCAAUGAUUUGCGGUUAACGAAUCAAACUGUUGUUGCGCCUGAAAAUUUGCUGGUUGAGUUACUGGAAUCGGAUCGUGCUGUGCAAGCAGAGUAUUUUCUUGAAGCUUACUCGAGCGAAAAAGGCAGGAUUACUAACAGUGCAAGCGCUGUUGUUGGUAAUGGUUGUGAAUCGAGCGAUAACAGGGACGAGACUAUAGGAAAUGACAACGAGAUGGAACAGCAUAAACUGAAAAUUUCUGAUGUUUCUAAGAAAGCAGAAGCGAUUUCAACAGCAAUGAAUAAGGAAGAGAAAAAUGAUGGUGAUGGCAUUGACGAAAAUGAAGAGGGAAUUGCGGUGACAGGUCACAAUGAGAAAAACGGCAAUUCAGAAAAUAAUAGUGCUGUUGGUGUGGACAGUGAUGUUGAGAAAGACAGGGACAGCGAAGAUGACGAAUAUGUGGUGGAAAAAAUUCUUGAUAAACGAUAUAAUCGACGAAAGAAAAGAAUCGAAUAUUUGAUCAAAUGGGCAGGAUAUGACAGUGAAAGCGAGAAUACAUGGGAAUCUGCAGAGAAUUGUGAAUCCGCUCCUGAUGCAAUUCGUGAAUAUGAGGAAAGUCAGAAGAAAAAUACGACGAAAUAUCCGUUACGAAGUAGACCAAUAAAAGAGGAAAGUGGUUCAAAUGAUAAUAGAGAAAAACUAUCAAAAUCCAUAAAAAGGAAAACAGACGAAUUCAAAGAGGAACUAUUUUCAGAAGAAAGUAGCGAUAAUGGCAGCGAAGAAAUUGCGUCGAAACGUACUAAGGUUGACUGCAUUCUUGGUGUUAAAAAGGAACAUAAUGAAAUUCUGGCAGUAGUGCGUUUUGAGAACGGACACCAUGAUGUUAUAUCAACUCGAGUGUUGGCCAGCAAAUGUCCAAAAUUGAGAUUAAUGUCGAAUAUUAUUGAAACUAGAACCAAUCAAACCAGUAAUGAUCUGACAUCGGCGAAUCCCAAAACGACGAAGGAGCUGAAGAAGGAGGCAGCGAAAGCAGCGAAGAUAGCAAAAUUUCAUGAGAAAGUGAAGAAAAUGGAAGUGCAAGCAUGUCAAGCAAAACAAAUGACAGUGGAAACAAAGAAGAGGGAGGUUUGUGAAUACACUGCUAAUACGAAACCUGGAGAGAAGAAGAACACCAUUAUUGAUUUGCCAAAUGCUUAUAGUCCAAGAUAUGUGGAAGCAGCUUGGUAUGAAUGGUGGCAGAAAUCAGGCUUUUUUCGACCUGAAUAUAAAUGUGACUUAAGUAAGCCGAAUCCGAAAGGGAUUUUUACUGUAGUUAUUCCACCACCGAAUGUCACCGGAACAUUGCAUUUGGGACAUGCUUUGGCUACUUCUGUAGAAGAUGCUGUAUGUAGAUGGCACCGUAUGAAAGGCAAAACAGUUUUGUUCAAUCCAGGCUGUGAUCACGCUGGAAUUGCUACGCAAGUUGUGGUAGAAAAACGUUUGAAACGUGAAUUAGGUUUAACAAGGCAUGAUCUGGGUCGUGAGAGGUUUGUAGAAGAAGUGUGGAAAUGGAAAAAUGAAAAAGGAGAAGUGAUUUAUAACCAAUUGCGAAAAAUGGGUGCAGGAGUUGACUGGGAUCGAGCCUGUUUCAUGAUGGAUCCGAAAAUAACACGUGCUGUAACACAUGCUUUUAUCGUAAUGCAUGAAAAGGGUAUCAUAUAUCGAAGUAAUCGGCUGGUGAAUUGGUGUUGCGUUUUGAGAUCUGCAAUUUCCGAUAUUGAAGUUGAUAAAGUGGAGUUAAACGGACGUACAUUCCUCUCUGUUCCUGGAUAUUUGAGGAAAAUUGAGUUUGGUACAUUGACAUCUUUUGCUUACCCCAUCGAAAAUUCAGAUGAAGAAGUCGUGGUGGCAACUACUCGAGUUGAAACCAUGUUAGGCGAUACCGCUAUUGCUGUACAUCCAAAAGAUAACCGAUACAAACACCUUAUUGGCAAGAAUUGUUUGCAUCCAUUUCUUCAAAGAAAACUUCCAAUUAUAGCAGAUUCGUUCGUUGACAUGGAAUUUGCAACAGGAAUAGUUAAAAUAACUCCUGCUCACGAUCAUAACGAUUAUGAAGUAGGACUCCGUCACAAUUUGCCAUUCAUUACUUGCUUCACAGAUGAUGGCAACAUGAGCGAACAAUGUGGCGAAUUUAAGAACAUGAAACGAUUUGACGCAAGGGACGCUGUUUUAGAGGCGCUUAAGAAAAAAGGUCUUUUCAGGGGGCAAAGUGAUAAUCCAAUGGUUGUUCCUUUGUGCAGUCGUUCGAAGGAUAUUGUUGAGCCAAUUUUGAAAUCACAGUGGUAUGUAAAAUGUGAUCAAAUGGCACAACGAGCUAUUGAGGCUGUGGAGGAAGGCCAUUUAAAAAUUAUACCAGAUUUUCAUGCUGUAACUUGGCGAAAAUGGUUGGAGAAUAUUAGAGAUUGGUGCAUAUCACGGCAGCUGUGGUGGGGUCAUCGCAUACCUGCUUACUUCGUCACCGUCGAUGACCCUAAAGUUUCUGCUGGAACUUCUGAUAACAAUGAUUAUUGGGUGAGUGCACAUAAUGAAGCUGAAGCAUUGGAAAAAGCUGCUCGAAAGUUUGACGUUUCGGAAGAGAAAGUUUCUGUGAAAAGAGAUGAAGAUGUUCUGGAUACUUGGUUUUCUUCUGGAAUGUGGCCAUUUGAAGUUUUUGGAUGGCCUGAAAAAACUGCUGAUUUGGAUAAAUUUUUUCCGAGUACACUUUUGGAAACGGGACAUGAUAUACUUUUCUUCUGGGUAGCACGUAUGGUUUUUAUGUCACAAGAGCUUACUGGGAAGUUGCCAUUUCAAGAAGUGUAUUUGCAUGCCAUGAUUCGGGAUGCUCAUGGACGUAAAAUGAGCAAAUCGUUAGGUAAUGUAAUCGAUCCGUUGAAUGUGAUAUAUGGUGCAUCAUUGACGCAGCUCACCAAAAUACUGGAAUCUGGAAACCUUGACCCGAAAGAACUAAAAAGAGCGAAAGAAGGGCAAGCACACGAUUACCCGAAUGGUAUUCCAGAAUGUGGCACUGAUGCAUUAAGGUUUGCAUUGUUGAAUUAUACUAGUCAGUGCCGAGAUAUCAAUCUUGAUGUGCUUCGAAUUCAGGGAUAUAGGUUCUUCUGCAAUAAAAUCUGGCAAGCAUCAAGAUUCACAUUGAUGCAGUUACGCAACAAUUUCGCACCUGCGGAAAAAUUUGUUUUGCCAGAAGAGAGUAGUACUCUGGAUCGUUGGAUUUUGUCACGACUGUCUUAUGCUGUUGAAUCAUCCAAUAGUGGGAUGUCUAGCUAUCAAUUUAAUCGCGUUACGACUACAUUAUAUAAUUUUUGGCUAUAUGAAUUUUGUGAUAUAUAUAUUGAAGGGUGCAAACCAGUACUUGCUGGAAGUGGAAAUCCUAAUGGUGCAGAAAUUGUACGAAAGGUGCUCUUUGAAUGUGUUGAAACAGGUUUGCGACUGUUAUCACCAUUCAUGCCCUUUAUUACUGAAGAGCUUUGGCAGCGGUUACCGUCACGUAUAUCAAGAGAAGAAUCAGAAAGCAUCUGUGUUGUCGCAUAUCCAGAAGCAAAGCAGUAUGCAUUUCGAGAUGAAACACUGGAAAAUCGGGUGGCACAUGCAAUGCACAUUGUGAAAGCUGUUCGUUCUCUUCGUUCCGAUUAUGGACUAACAGCUAAAAUGAAAACUGAACUUUACAUCGCUUUUGAAAACAGCUCAGAAGUAAUAGAAAUGGAAGAUCUUGUACCCUUAAUAACUACUUUAACUUCCUCAUCCAAGGUUUCCCUGCUGACUGCGGAUAAAGUAGGGCAAUUGCCACCGGACACUGUCCAGCUUGUUGUUUCGGCAACUUGCAAGAUUUCACUUCCUCUUGAGGGUAUAAUUAACGUUCCUAAGGAAAUUGCGAAACUGACGGACAAGGAGGAGAAAGUGAUAGCUCAAUUACAGAAAUUAGACGAAACACUGUCUAGUCCAGCUUACAACAAAGUGCCUCUUGGAAUACGUAAUAAUAAUGUAGAAAAGAGAGCGUUGCUGUUGGCAGAAUCAAAGCAUCUGAAGGAAGCUAUAAUCGCCCUCAAAAACUCUUUGGCAUGA